UCCCCGAGAGCGGGAGGGGAAGCGGGCGGCUUGAAAAACGGCCCCGGAGAAGAACGGCGCUCUAGGAAGUGAGCCGCCUUCUAUGGUUAGCUGUGGUCUACCCGAAGCCGGGAAGCAGAAGGAGAGCGGCAUAAGUGGGGCUGGGUCGUAGCGCGAGCUCAGGUGGUGCUUGCGGCUCGGGUGAAUCCCGGUAAGGUGAGUGGAACUCUGGAGUCUGGACCCCCUAUAAUGGAGUCUAUAGAUUCUGAGUCGAAGCACAGCUACAUAGGAAGUUUUAUUCAGCCUCCAGAUAACAUAUACUCUGCAUUUGCUAACAUCAGAUCAAAGGAGGCAGCAGCUAUAGCAAAAGACACUCCUGCACCAAACAACCAAGCUCUAGUGGCAGCCCUUAAAACUCUUCAGGAAAAGAUCCGCCGUCUUGAAUUAGAGAGGUCACAGGCUGAAGAGAACCUAAAUUGCUUGUCCAGAGAAGCUGCCCAGUAUAAAAAGGCCUUUCAGCAUGACUCUAAUGAGGAGGAUAUAACUCACCAGGGAAUGAUGCAAGAAAAGAAAGAUGUGAGCAUGCAGUUAAUGGCAGCACAGUCUCGCUGCUCUUUGCUGGAGAAACAACUAGAUUACAUGAGAAAAAUGAUGAUCAAUGCAGAGUUGGAAAAGAAACUGGUUCUAGAACAGCAGACGCAGCUUCAGAAGGAAAAAGACCAGAAUCAGCUGGAGCUAUGUGCAAAACUUGACAAGCUUGAAAUUCUAGAAAAAGAAUGCUGGAGACUUACUAGCACUCAGAAGACUGCAGAAGAAAAGAUCAGACACCUUGAACAGAAGCUUCUGGAAGAGCAACACCAGCGCAAACUAAUUCAAGAUAAAGCUGCGCAGCUCCAAACGGGACUUGAGAUGAAUAGAAUUCUUAUGUGUUCGCUUUCACCCCGAGAAGAAGCAAAUAAAAAAAGAAGGAAGAAGAAAGCCGUAAAGAAACCUGGUUUGAGGAAAGCAUGCAGCUCACAGCCAUACCUACCAACUGGGACACUACCUUUCGUUGCUGGGAAGUCUGCCAGCUCAAGUCACUCUGUUGUUGCAAAUGUUCAAAGCGUCUUGCAUAUGAUGAAAUAUCGUAGCCAGAGUGCAGCUUCACCGCGCCCAGAAGGAGGUGAAAAGAGGACUGGCAUGAGCAGACUUUCAUCUUGCUCCACAUCUUCCUCUGCUACUGAGCAUCUUUCAGAUCUUCUCUUGAUCAUGCAGGAUGAACUGGGACAAAUGAACUUUGAACAUCAAGAACUCCUAAAGCAGAUACAAGAAACACAAAACCAGGAGGUUCGGGAAGACCUAGAACGUGAGCUAGAUUGUCUUGUGAAACAGAUGGAAGCUAAAGGAGAACAGAUAUCGAAACUGAGAAAGCACCAAGAAAAUGUUUGCAGACUGAAGCAAAAGGCUAAAAAACUGAAACAAAAAGCAGCCAAUUCAGCAUCAAGACCUAAUGGAAUAAAAGGAGCAAAAGAGACUGCAGCCGCUUCAAGAGCCAGUGUGAAUAGUCCCUGUCCUGUGAAUAAAAGCACACGUUCUCUCCAGCUAUUAAAAAGUGCUCAGAAGCUUCAAUCAGUAUUGAAGAAAGAUGAUAUUGUGUGGGAACCUUAGUUCUCAAAAUUGGCAUAUAGAUAAAUGCCCAUUGGGAGCUGAUUUUAUUAUCUUGGCUUGAACAAAUCUGUUCAUUAAUGUGCCCAUAAAUUCUGCAGCUUAGUUUUGGAAUAAAUAUUUUUUCUUGUUUCUAUCUUGACUUUUAAUUUUACUUUUGAAAAUAUAAUUGUAAUUGUUCUAAUGAAGUGUUCUUUUUUUAUUAAACAAAAAACCAACAUACCAGCCUAUAUAGAAUAAAUACCACUGGUUUUUGUACAGUAUUGAGGGGAGAAAGACCCGAAUCAUCCAUGAGCAAAAAUUAGCUUUUGGCUUCCAAAUGGCUAUCUAUGCUUAUUUUUUUAUUCAUUUAUUUAAAACGUUUACAGCCUGCCUUUCAAUAUUUCCCCCUGUGAUUUAAUCUAUAGUUUUAAGCCACGUCACUGCUUAUCUGACCAUUAUUCUUAGUAUCCAUAUGAUUGAGGCCUCUUUAACAGCAAUCUAAAGAGCUUUCACUCAUUUACUUUUCUGUUUUGAGAAAAGGAUUAUUAAUGUAUAGCAAGAAAAACUAAAUUUCAGCAGAAAUAUCUCGGUGUCAGCCCUGCAGACUUGAGAACUCAGUGAGGUACCUGGGAUUUGUACAGGAGCUGACUUUUGUGAAAGGGGGGGGGGGCAUAAUAAACCUAACCAGCUGGUGUUGGGCAUAUAAUGCUCCUUAUUUGCAUGUGAGAGGUUUCACGUUCAAACUGUGUAGGUAGUUGACUGGUGCAGCAAAUGCUGUACAUGCAGGUGUCCAGUCCUCAAUCCAUUGGGCAACAUCCAGCACAAGUGGACUUUGGGGCAUGCAGCACAAUUUACAGUAUUCUCUUCCCUGCACACACCCCAAAUAUGUUUCAGAGGCUCCCCCAACAAUUAGGAGCACAUCUUGGUUGAGUGCAUCUGUUCCACUAAUGGUGUCUGUUCUAGAUAGAUGCUGGAUUUCACCCAAAGAUUAUCUGAGUUGCUUUAAAAAAAAAAAGUCCCAAACCAGGUGGUAGAGCUGUGGUCAACUGAUAGAUGUGUGGUAUUCUAAACUUUGUACUGGGGUUUUUCCACCUACUUUUGUGAUUUCAUGAAUAUGGAUAUUUUAUUUGAAGUUAUCGUUGUAUACCCUGAGAUCUUUAGCAUAUGGGUAAGAUAUGAAUAGUCUAAAAUAAAUAAGGGACACAGUUAUGAGGAAUAUCCACAUUUCAGCCCUCUUCAUGCCCCCUCCAAAAAGCCUCUCUUGAGAGUUGGUGCACCCUCUGACUUGGUAUGUGGGGCAGGAGACUAGCAGAAAGAAGAAUUGGGGAAAAUCAGGUGAAGUCAGGUCAUGUAAGGGGAAUGCGGUUAUUGAAUAUAAUUAUUAAUGUUUGAUAGCAAAAUGCUUUUCAACAGCAUUAAUAUAUAAAACAAAAUGUGGCUUCACUAUCAUUGCAGUCAAUAUUCUAAUAGGUUUUGCACUCCUCUAAUUUAGCUUCGUAGCAGAACUGUCUGCAUGCCUACUUUGUCUUUUGCCCUCCAGGGCUGAGAGAAGUAUUUGUUUCUCCCCUUCUAUCGAAAGCUCCUGUAUUCUGCCUUGCAAUGGAGCAGUGCAUCACCCAUUAGUUUUAGAAGCAUGGUCAAUUCUUUUUCAGUGGAUUGUGUGUAUGCAUGCUGAGGUUGCUAUGGUUACAGUUCGGCCUGCACAAGCACGGGUGACGAAUGCCUCUGUUGCUACUUCGGUGUUCAAUUUCAUUAACUAUAGAAACCUGUCGGAGACGUGGUUUGCUGCUACAGUUUCCAGUAACACAACAGGGCUUCUCUCUGCUCUGCUGGUUGCCUUCUGCACUUGGGAGGCUGCGACCUUGCUGUUCCUACCAGGUAUCAUAUUGCUCUCAAGCUGUGAGAUCCAAGAUAAGGCAAAGCAUUUUAAAUAAUUCCAAGCAAAUCAGUUUAUUGUUUAUCACAUAUACUGCGCUAAGUGCAGUCUGUUAAACUCAUUUCCUUGCUUAUUAAUUAAUGCUGUAAUUGCUGCAUAUAAAAUUUUCAGAGAAAAGUUAGCUUUCUGUUAGCUGACACAGAAGCAAUAUGUAGCUCUUCCCUUCGCAAACUAAAUCAAAACUAAACUGAAAUAAGUUUUUUUUAAUCAUCAUGGAGAUAAGGGGAGUAUAAUGAUUUCUUCAAUUUAAUUAAAAGCUUUAAAACUGUAUUUUCAGUUUCUGUGCAGGUGCGUUGGCUGAUAGGCUGGAUAAGGGCUUCCCAAAUCAAAUCAAAUAACCUCUUCCCCCCCCUACCACCCCACUUUCUCUUCCUUAACCCUUCUGCUGACCGCCCCCCAGCCAUAACAACAGGCAUUUCACUAGCUGUGUUUUUAAGUUGGUAGACAAGUUUGAUGUCAUUAAUCAUGUAUCCUUUGAAAUUUUAUACGCUUUUUUCACAGUGCUGAUCUUAAUCUCGUUACUUGUUCAAUCAUGUCUUUGGCUUUAAAGGCGGGAGUAAAACUGAUCAG